ACUCACACACUCACACACUCACUCACACACUCACUCACACACAGGCUGGCUGUGCUUUUGUGUUUUGUCAGAAUUAAUGAGAAAAGUUCUCUCGCCCUAGGGAUAAUUAGUGUCCUUGGAGUUAAAUAAGCUAAUACUUAGACACCUCUGGCACAGGCAAUUAUGUUUGUGUAUUGAAUAAUUGAUUCAAAGGAGGGGGAAGGGCUGCUAAUCAGAUCUGAGCAUAAUGAAUUGAUUUAAUUAACAGGGGAAUCGGAGGGUCUCUGGGAAAUGCGUGCAUUUAUUCAGCAGCAGAAGGAGAGCUCGCAGCACAUAAAUUGAGAGAGAGAGAGAGCGCACACCAGGCUUCCAGCAGUCCCUUUCCCUCGGCGUACCCCCUCUCUCUGCUUGCAGGAUAUCAUUUUAGAUUUAAAGUGAAUUCGAAAGGCACUCGACCAGCCGAGAGGCUCAGCACCACGACUCCCAGCCGUCCCUUUCCCUUUCCGUCUGUUUGAUUCCAGCCUGGGGAGAGCGAAGCCGAAGAGAGACAGAGACUCCAAUCCCCCUUUGCCAUUAUUAUUUCUCCAGUUCUUCCUCUAUCCUUAAGGGACUGGGAUUGUGCCGUUGGCCGUGCCGUUCCCCCCCCCCCACCGGUGGAAUUUUUUCAUUUUCGCCUCGAUGCAAUCCAGGGGAAAAGUCAACCGUUGGUGCCAAUAGAACUGGCUCGCCGGAUAAGGACGACCGACUGCAUAGGAAGCGCGUCUGUAUUCCAUAAAAACGUGCGGUGGAGGCUACUAGCGGAGGAGCGUCUACUCUCCAAGUCCCUUCAGCAUCUGGGACGAUGGUGUUGGACAAGGAGGAGGGGCUCGUGUUGUCUGCGUAACUUGCCUCUCCCGACCAAGAUGCAGCCUUGCUUCAUAAACAGAGGUGUCCCGAUGCUCUCGGUGCAGCCCAAAGGCAAACAGAAAGGCUGUGCCGGGUGCAACCGGAAGAUUAAGGACCGGUACCUGCUGAAGGCUCUGGAUAAAUAUUGGCACGAGGACUGUCUAAAGUGCGCCUGCUGCGACUGUCGCCUCGGGGAGGUCGGAUCAACUCUCUACACAAAAGCAAAUCUCAUCCUCUGCCGCAGAGAUUACCUGAGGCUGUUUGGCACCACGGGAAAUUGUGCCGCUUGCAGUAAACUGAUCCCUGCGUUUGAGAUGGUGAUGAGAGCGAGAGAUAAUGUUUAUCACCUGGACUGUUUCGCCUGCCAACUCUGUAACCAGAGAUUUUGUGUAGGGGACAAGUUUUUCCUAAAGAACAACAUGAUCCUGUGCCAGAUGGACUACGAGGAGGGCCAGUUGAACGGAAGCUUUGACUCGCAGGUCCAAUAGCCCAGGAGGUCGGAGCCGGUGGAAGGGGGGGGAUGUUCUGCCGUGAAGAGCGUCUGUCGGCUUUGCCUGCAAUAUUUUUUUAACUUCUCGCCCCCCCUCCCCAAAGGACUGUAUACAAUGUAGUACCCCCCUCCCUGUACAACACAAAGCAGUUGCUAUCGACGAUGUACAGUUGUGAGCACUUAGCUGAGCACUGCAUUCGCCUGUAUGUCUGUGAGGGUCCGCGGGGGUGGGCUCCGGAAAGGUUCUGUACAGUCUGUUUUAUGUAUAUAUACCGAACAUUUAUUUUAUGAAAAUGUAAUGCAAUUUUAUUACUGGUGUGAAAUUAAAGAUUAUGAAUGUU